AUGAAGGGUCGGGUAGCUUUUGCACUGAGCGCAGUCGCUUCAUCUGCCUUGGCCUCUGUGAUCCCGCAACAGCAAGUAUUGACGAAUCCGCAAAUUCAUCAUGCGGAAGAGAAAUAUCUAAUCGAGCUGGCCCCUUAUCGGACACGAUGGGUGACGGAAGAGGAAAAAUGGGCGCUUAAGUUGGACAGCGUAAAUUUCAUUGAUAUCACUGCGGAGCGGAAUACCGGUGUCUAUUCUAGUCUAGACGCUGCUCCUACCGUUUCUUACCCACCGAAGAUGGAACAUUCCGAGCAAGUCUCCGCGCUUUCGCAGCGCCUGUCUAAGGACAAUAUGAAGAGCAACUUGGAAAAAUUCACUUCAUUCUACACUCGAUACUAUAAGUCCCAAACGGGGGUGGAGUCAGCGCAGUGGCUCUUCGACCAAAUCCACCAGGUGCUUGCGGAUUCGGGCGCCACCGACCACGGGGCUACCGUCAACAAAUUCGCCCACUCAUGGGGCCAGUUCAGUAUCAUUGCUCGCAUCCCCGGCCAGACCAACAGGACUGUCGUGCUGGGCGCCCAUCAGGACAGCAUCAAUCUGUUUCUCCCCUCCCUCCUGGCUGCGCCAGGUGCUGAUGAUGAUGGCAGUGGAACUGUCACUAUCCUGGAGUCCAUGCGUACUCUGCUGCAGUCAGACGACAUGGUUCAAGGGAACGCGCUCAACACGGUCGAGUUUCACUGGUACUCAGCCGAGGAGGGCGGCAUGCUGGGCUCCCAGCAGAUCUUCUCCAAAUAUAAAGACUACAAGCGGGAUGUCAAGGCCAUGCUUCAGCAGGACAUGACGGGCUACACUAAGGGGGCUCUUAGCGCUGGUCGGGAAGAAGCCAUCGGGGUCAUGGUCGACUAUGUCGACCAGGGACUGACCACAUUCAUGAAGAAUGUCAUCACCGAAUAUUGCGAUAUUGGAUUUAUAGAGACAAAGUGUGGCUACGCCUGCUCGGACCACACCUCAGCUACACCGAACCAAUAUUCCGAAUCCGGACCAUCCUACGUCACAAUGGAGUUGACUAAACCCUACGGGAAAGAGCUGCAGAUCGCCUGUCUAGCUGUCCAGCGAGCUACGCUUCUGACCAAGGAAGUGCUCCGGGCGGUAGACAAGGGCAGCCUCGACAAAAGCGACUCGAGCCCGGUCACCAUCGCUGAUUUUGCCGCCCAGGCACUGAUCAUCGCCGCUGUGCAUCGGAAUUUUCCCCAAGACACCUUUGUGGGCGAGGAGGAUGCGACGGCCCUCCGGAACAAUCAGAACCUUCUCGAAAGAACCUGGCAGCUGGUCUCCUCGGUCCAUCUCGACGACCCCGAGAGUGAAGCGCUGUUAUAUACCCCAGCCACCAGGGAAGAGAUGCUCCAGCUGAUUGACCUGGGCGCCCAGGGCAGCUGUGCCCGACAGGGUCGCACCUGGGUUCUGGAUCCUGUGGACGGCACGGCGACCUUCAUACAAGGGCAGCAGUACGCCGUAUGUCUUUCGCUGGUGGAAGACGGGUGCCAACGGCUGGGCGUCACGGGCUGUCCCAACCUGAACAUCGACGCGGGACGGAUACAGGAGGACGUUGUGGAUCGAGAGGGCUACGGCUACCAGGUGUAUGCUGUUGCCGGAGAAGGCGCGUUCCUCCGUAAGAUGGGCAGGGGGACUUUACUCCCGUCUACACGCAUCGAGCCCAAGCAGCAGAUUACCGAACCCCAGGAUGUUGUGUUGGUGGAUUGCAUGGCAGCCGAGUCGACCGACUUCAACAAGCAUAGCCGUUUUGCGUCUCUCAUCGGCGCACCCUGGCCCCCUACGACGGAUCUCUGGGCUACACAACUGCGGUACAUUGCGAUCGCCGUUACGGGCUGUAAUUGUUUGGUGAAGUUGCCGCGCAAGCCCACCUACCGAUCGAAGAUUUGGGACCAUUCGGGCGGGAUGCUGAUCGCCCAGGAACUAGGGUGUGUCGUGAGCGAUCUUGCAGGGAACCCGGUUGACUGCGGGCUGGGAAGAUCCCUGGAGGGAUGCUACGGUAUGGUCGUUGCGCCCGCUUCUAUCCACGGGCGUCUGGUCGAGGCAGUGAAACGUAUUCUUUAA